AUGGACGCUCGAACCGCCAAGUUGUCUGGCAUCGCGCCAGAGAAUCUCUACGAGCUUCCCAAUGGGUCUUAUGUCGAUCGUGGGAUGUUCAAGACCUUUGGACGUGGCUCUAACUGCACUUUAGAUAAGACUAACCCUCGUAAACUCUGCCCCAUUGACUGGACUGUGUACAAGUACCGCCCUAGCCUGCCUGCCAACGCGCUCUUCAUAGCUCUCUACGGGGUUGCUCUGCUUUUGCAUAUUUACCUAGGAAUCCGCUGGAGAAUCUGGGGCUUCAUGACCUUCAUUAUCAUCGGCUGCAUAUGGUCUAUGGUUGGCUACGGCGGCCGUGUCAUGCUAUGGAUAAACCCCAUGGUCAUUUACUGGGUUUCUGACCCAGAUGAUAUGCAUUACUGGCUGUCCGGUGUUCUUCACCGCUGCUAUUUACAUCACACUGUCCCGAGCAUGAGCCGUCUGCCCCCACGAGCUUUUUACUGGCUCUUCAUCAGCUCCGACAUCAUUUGUCUCGUGCUCCAAUCCAUCGGCGGAGCUCUAUCCUCUACAUCUAGCGGAGCCUCCGAGACAGGCCUCCACAUUGCCAUGGCCGGUCUCAGCCUGCAAGUGGUGGUACUCGUCGUCUUUUGUGCCUUCUUCGCCGACUACAUGAUCAGAUAUAUCAGAAGACAAAAAUCGAGGCUGCAGCCGGGCGAAAAGGCCAUUGCAACAAGGCAACGCAUCUUUUUUGGGGGUCUUGCGUCUGCCAUUACUCUAAUCUUUAUCCGAUGCUGUUAUCGUGUGAAUGAGCUCAGUCAAGGCUACCGCAACUCUGAGAAGAUAACUAAGCAGGGGAUGUUUAUCGGCUUAGAGGGAGUACUUAUUUACUUGGCCGUCAUAUCGCUUCUUGUUGGGAAUCCUGGUUUCGGUUUCCAGCAAAAGAAUAAGAGAAGCAGUCUCCAAGGCUCCGACAGCGGUGGGAAAUCAAAGGAGUCUACUUGA